AUGGAUCAAGAUCAGAACCCAACAUCCGGCGAUGGAGAUAACUCCCCAUCAGACCAUGAGAUGUACGUCAAGGUCGAAAAACCUACACCGGAAUCGAGAGACCGUUCGUCGACGCCGGAAGACUGCGCCAUCGAAGACUCUGACGAAGAUGACGAAGAAAUGGUUGAAAUCCAACGAAGCAUGACCCAGAGCCGAAUGAUGAAACAGAAAUCGCCUGAAGAGCUUCGAAAAAAAGUCAUUCCGUUCCAUUGGGCCCCAAUGCUUUCUCCCCUUACGUCUGCCGAUGUAGACGCCUGCGAAACCCUUGAGCGUGCUGCGCUGCGAGGUCAGCGCCAAAUCUCCAGCAAGGAGCAGAUUGAGUAUCGCCUCAGAAAAUGUGGAAGUAUUUGCGUCGGCUUAUUCAACACCUACCGGCCCAGCGACGCGAAAGACUGGUGGAUUCAGACAAUGCGUCAUGCGAGGCCAGUCGAAACUGGUAGGCAGGACGGAUCCAAACGGGUCAUGUUUGCUCAUAUUAUUGCCACAUUGGGCAAACAUCCAGUUGUGACGGAUGAUGACAUACAAUUCCCUCCCAAUUGGCGAGACCCGUCUGUCUCCCGUAGUUCAACUCUGGGCCACCAAACAGCGGGCAGAACCAUAUGCCUCCACUCCUUCUCAGUAUGCCCCGAAGUUCAAGGAAUUGGCAUAGGUAAGACCGCCAUGAAAGCUUAUCUCCAGAUGAUGAACGAGUCUGCAGUGGCAGACCGUAUUGCCCUGGUUUGUAAAGAGUCCCUCAUCGGCUUCUUUGCUCGUGUUGGUUUCAAGAUAUCUGGGCAGAGCCAAACGACAGUUGCAGGCUCAGGGCUACACAACAUGAUAUUCGAACUCCCGGGUCCCAAAGCGCAGUUUCGUUUAGACAUGGGUUCCCGCCGCGAUGACGAGUAG